CGUGUGGAGCCAUAGAGAGCUGCGCCACGGUGAGGCAAGGCACCGCACGGUACAACGGAAGACUGGACCGGGUGAAUGCAGUCUUCAGCACAGGACACUACUGCAGACACUCUCCCACCAUUACCGGAGAUAAAGGACGCCCACACUGAUUCGCAUCCACACGGGGAAGAGGACUAAGAACCAGCACAAAAUCUUAACCGUAAUUCGUGGGAAGAAAAUCUCAGGGGCCAGGGGAGCACGUCAGACCGCGGUCAGUGGCUGCCGUUUGCUAUCCGAGUGUAAAUGUUCAGCUCUCACUUGGCAAACUGCUCAUUCCCAAAGUGUUGACAUUUUUGAAGAGCCCAACGGUACCAAACGGCAGUAUUUUAAGCCGCGGUGUGUGAAGGAGCCGUCUGUCCGCCAUGGAAAACGCUCACACGAAGAGUGUGGAAGAAGUUUACAGUUAUUUCUGCGUCAAUGAAAGCACAGGACUUUCUCUGGACGAGGUGAAGCGUCAGAAGGAGAAAUGGGGCCUAAACGAGUUACCAGCAGAAGAAGGAAAAUCUUUGUGGGAACUUGUCCUUGAACAGUUUGAAGAUUUACUUGUUCGAAUUCUUCUGCUGGCUGCAUGUAUAUCUUUUGUCCUGGCCUGGUUUGAGGAGGGAGAAGAAACUAUUACAGCCUUUGUGGAGCCUUUUGUAAUUUUACUCAUUCUUAUAGCCAAUGCCAUCGUGGGUGUUUGGCAGGAACGUAAUGCUGAAGAUGCGAUUGAGGCACUUAAGGAGUACGAACCUGAGAUGGGGAAAGUGUACAGGCAGGACAGGAAGACUGUGCAGAGGAUCAAGGCCAGAGACAUUGUGCCUGGUGACAUUGUGGAGGUUGCUGUUGGUGAUAAGGUCCCUGCAGACAUCCGUAUCUGUUCAAUCAAAUCAACAACUCUGAGAGUAGACCAGUCUAUCCUGACCGGUGAAUCUGUCUCUGUGAUCAAGCAUACUGACCCCGUGCCCGACCCCCGAGCUGUCAAUCAGGACAAAAAGAACAUGCUCUUCUCUGGUACUAACAUUGCUGCUGGAAAGGCCGUGGGAGUGGUUGUGUCCACUGGAGUCAACACAGAGAUUGGAAAGAUCCGGGAUGAGAUGGCAGCCACGGAGCAGGAGAAAACGCCCCUACAGCAGAAACUGGAUGAGUUUGGCGAGCAGCUAUCCAAGGUUAUCUCGCUUAUCUGCAUCGCCGUGUGGAUCAUCAACAUCGGACAUUUCAACGACCCUGUCCAUGGAGGCUCCUGGAUCCGUGGGGCCGUAUACUACUUUAAGAUUGCUGUGGCGCUUGCUGUGGCAGCCAUCCCUGAGGGACUUCCUGCCGUCAUCACCACCUGCCUGGCUCUGGGCACUCGCCGCAUGGCCAAGAAAAAUGCCAUCGUCCGCAGCCUGCCAUCCGUGGAGACCCUCGGCUGCACCUCUGUCAUCUGCUCUGACAAGACAGGGACGCUGACCACCAACCAGAUGUCUGUGUGCAGAAUGUUUGUGAUCAACAAAGCUGAGGCUGACAGCUGCUCACUGUCAGAGUUCACCAUCACAGGCUCUACCUAUGCACCUGAGGGAGAAGUCUUCCAGGAUGGUAAAACGGUGAAAUGCUCCCAGUAUGACGCCCUGGUUGAACUGGCUACUAUCUGUGCCCUUUGCAACGACUCCUCUCUGGAUUUCAACGAGGUGAAGGGUGUGUAUGAGAAGGUUGGUGAGGCCACAGAGACUGCACUCACCUGUCUGGUGGAGAAGAUGAAUGUUUUCGACACUGAUGUCCAGAACUUGUCUAAGAUUGACAGAGCUAACGCCUGCAACUCUGUGAUCAAGCAGCUGAUGAAGAAAGAGUUCACCCUGGAGUUCUCUAGAGACAGGAAGUCCAUGUCUGUCUACUGCACUCCAAAUAAAUCUCGCUCUUCCAUGGGGAAGAUGUUUGUAAAGGGGGCCCCAGAGGGAGUUAUUGAGAGGUGCACUCAUGUCAGAGUGGGCAACAGUAAAGUUCCCCUUAGCAAAGGUAUCAAGGAAAAGAUCAUGUCUGUGAUCCGUGAGUAUGGUACCGGCCAUGACACCCUGAGAUGCCUGGCUCUGGCCACACGAGACAGCCCCCCCAAAAUGGAUGAUAUGACAUUGUCAGACACUGCCAAAUUUGCUGAAUAUGAGUCUGACCUGACCUUCGUCGGUUGUGUCGGCAUGCUGGACCCUCCUAGACAGGAGGUGGCUGCUUCUAUCAAGCUGUGCCGCCAGGCCGGCAUCCGCGUCAUCAUGAUCACUGGGGACAACAAGGGCACAGCUGUGGCUAUCUGUCGCCGCAUUGGUAUUCUUACCGAGGAAGAUGACAUUGAGCGCAUGGCCUUUACCGGGCGAGAGUUUGAUGAACUCUCACCGUACGAUCAGCGUGACGCUGUUACUCAUGCUCGCUGUUUUGCACGCGUUGAACCUUCCCACAAGUCCAAGAUCGUCGAGUUCCUGCAAGGAUUUGAUGAGAUCACUGCUAUGACAGGUGAUGGGGUGAACGAUGCCCCUGCCUUGAAGAAGGCAGAGAUUGGUAUCGCUAUGGGCUCUGGCACUGCAGUGGCUAAGUCAGCCUCGGAGAUGGUUCUCGCCGAUGACAACUUUUCUUCUAUCGUGGCUGCUGUUGAAGAAGGCAGAGCGAUUUACAAUAACAUGAAGCAGUUCAUCAGAUACCUCAUCUCCUCCAACGUGGGGGAGGUCGUCUGCAUCUUCCUCACUGCUGCUCUGGGCUUCCCCGAGGCUCUGAUCCCUGUUCAGCUGCUCUGGGUCAACCUGGUGACUGAUGGCCUCCCUGCCACCGCCCUGGGCUUUAACCCCCCAGAUCUGGACAUCAUGGAGAAGCCUCCUCGUAAUGCUAAGGAGCCCCUUAUCUCUGGCUGGCUCUUCUUCAGAUACCUUGCCAUUGGAGGUUAUGUGGGAGCAGCCACAGUAGGAGCAGCUGCCUGGUGGUUCACAGUCUCUGAAGAUGGACCUCAGCUCACUCUCUACCAGCUGAGCCACUUUCUCCAGUGUGGCCAAGACAACCCAGAGUUUGACGGCCUGGACUGCCAUGUGUUUGAGUCACCCUACCCAAUGACCAUGGCCCUGUCUGUGCUUGUCACCAUAGAGAUGUGCAAUGCUCUUAACAGUCUGUCAGAGAACCAGUCCCUGCUGCGGAUGCCUCCCUGGGAGAACAUUUGGCUACUGGGUGCCAUCUGCCUCUCCAUGUCGCUCCAUUUCCUCAUCCUCUAUGUGGAACCUCUGCCUGUCAUCUUCCAGAUCACCCCUCUGGAUACAACCCAGUGGAUGAUGGUACUUAAGAUCUCCAUUCCCGUCAUCCUGCUGGACGAGCUGCUAAAGUUUUUUGCCAGGAACUACUUGGACUACGGUAAACAGCUGGAGAAGCCGGUCAGAAAGGGCCGCUCUCUGUCUGCAUGUGCAGAGGGCAUCUCCUGGCCCUUCGUUGCCAUCUCCCUGCCCCUGGUGCUGUGGAUCUACAGCACCGACACUAACGUGUCUGCCAUGCUGUGGCCCUGACUGACUUCACUACAGUACCCUCCCUGUGCACCAGUGUGAAGUGGACAUUAACAUACACAUCUAACACAGUUACAUUAACUCGGAACAACUCACAGUCAACUCUUGCACAACACUUGGCAGCGCGUCUGCUGCCAGAUCUUUUCUAUUCAGACAUUUUCAAUGAGACAUGUUUUUUUAGAAGGGGGGUUGGGGGUGGUGGUCAUAUUUUAAUGACUGACUGACACUGCGUCCAUUUCUUUUAUUAAACCAUCACGCUUUUCUCUUUAUCAGUCCCGUGUUUUGAACAGUAAGAGAUGCCCACCGUGUUGGAGCUGUUUGUUGAGCUGUACAGAGAAUUCACACUAUUUUAUAAUAAUUAAUAUUUUGUAAUUUUUGCGAGGCUGUGGGCACAAGAAUGCUUGUUGUAAAGAGGUGUAACUCUAAGGAGUAAAAUACGAAUUAUGGGGCAGAGACUUGUAUAUUUGCCCUGGCAUGAAUCUCUACAUUUUUUAGCUCCAUGCGUAUUCAUUCAUGAUUUUCUGCAGUAGGCAGAGCACAGCUACCUCAGUGCUGUUUUAUGAUCAUUACUAGACUUCUGUCAUAAAAACCAUUUCAUACAUAAUUUAUCAUUCAACUGUUGAGGUAAGCACCUGUUUCUUUGCAGUAAAUAUAAAGCCCUCGCACACAUUUUAAGUUUUUUUAUGUAUAUAUAUUUGACUUUUGUGUGUUGGAGCAGAGAGAGGACAGUGACAUGUUACCUGUUUGGUUUAGAGUCAUUUUCGAUCAAGUCUGUUGCUAUAUUUGUUUACUUGAAGCAAACAUAUUUGUCUUGAUUUUCUUUUUUAAGUUUGCUUUUUUGAGAUCCGAUCUCAGUUUCCAUUGUUUUUUCCUUAUCUUAAUAACAAUAAUCUUUUUAAUAUAUGUAAAAUGUGCACAUACUGUACUUGAAUAUGUAAAAAAGGCACCAAGAAGCUGUUAGUCUUAUCAACUGAGCACAACAUGGAUGAUUGGUCAUUGGAAGACUCUGUAUAUCUGUAUAUAGCACACUAAGUACAAUCUCUGUAUAGGUGUUUUUUUAUGUUAUUGCUUUUAAAAUGCUCCAUACAAUGUUAGUUGACUCGAUUAUGGUCGUAGCCUUCCUGCAUGCCUGCUUUUCAAUAAUCCCAGGCCAGUGAGUGCUUUAAUUUUUAUUAGAUAUAAAGCUAACUGUUGUUUCUUCCAAUGCCUUCCACUCGUUUACCUACAGAGUGAGUACAUUUUGACCUGCAUGCCAGCUGGUGCUCGCUCUCUUUCUUUUUAAUUGCAAAUGCUUUGCUCUUUAUCAUUUCUUAUCUGAGAAUGAAUGACAGCUCUGCAUCUGUUUGAUAUGGCUAGCAGUUUUUGAUGUACUUUUAAUGGUACAGCAGCAAGAGGGGAAAGGAUAAAGGUGUUGUUAAGUUUGAUUGAAAAUGCCUUCAAUGUCACUAAGUGCCAGGUAACACUGAGUAGAAAUAGGUAGGAGCUAUUUUGCAUUUAAAGCUGGCUCAAUAUCAUUUGUGCCAGUUGCUUUUGAUUGUAUUCUGACAGCAUGUUCAACAACUGGCAUAAACACUGACAUUUAAGUGCCCUAAAAUCCCUACAGAACAUGGGUAUAUUAGUUUAUAUUAAAGUCUAUUGAUCUUUUCUUAAAUUGCAUAUGUCUUUUAGGAAUCCUCUGCUUGCACAACGCAUGGCCUUCAUAUGCGUGCUCCUUUUAUGACAAGAAGUGUUGACGAUUUAAGUUAUUUGCUGCUCAUAUUCUUCCAUUGUGGCCUGUGACUCCUAUCCACUGAUUUUAUUCUUCCUCUCUCUUUUGUCUUUGCAGCAAAGGCCAAGUAAGCCCACCUCUAAACUCCUAUCAGAAACUUUUGGUUUUGUUUUGUGUUGUGCAUGUGUGUUUUGGGCAGCACAUCUUACAAGAGCUGCAUGUCAGUCAAGUAAUAUAAGAACAGAGGCUCAUAAGUUCAUCGGUCAUUUUCAUAGACCAGCCAUAAAUACUGGUAAAUGUCUGAUGAAAACUAGCCAAUCCCACCUUAUCAGUCCUUCUGUCCUCCUGCAUGAAGAGCCUUAGAUUACAUACAGUUACAUGCCAUCUUUUAAGGCAAAGAUCUUAGUACUGUGUACAGUAAAUUGUACUAUAUUCUAUGGUGCAUGUCCGCUGAGUCAGCCAUCUGUUCUACCAGACUUGUGUUUUAGACAGUGUAUAGUAUUGGUAAAUAGAAUAGACAUUCGUCAGAUAAUACAAAUGUUAUAUAAGCUCAAACAGUUCAUCUUUCCUAAGGAAAAACUUUUAUGGGAUAUUUAAAAACCAAACAGCCUUUAUUUUAUUUUAUUUUUUGCUUUGCACUGAGAUGUGCAUCAUGUUUGGAGCAGAUUUUGUCAUACCUGGGAAGGCGGACUUGUGGUUGUGCAGUGAUGCAUAAGUUUUAUCAUAAGGGCGGUGGGCUGUCCUUCCACUGGCAUUUUUGCCAAACUGCUGUACUGUAUUUUCAGAGAUGAUUGUACAAUGUAUCACAUGAACUUUGGUUUCAGGUAAAUAAAACUGU